CGGGAAAGAAGUCUCAGCUUCUCGCAUGCGCAGUUAGUGGGAAUGCGCCUCCGGCAGGUGAGGGACUCCGCUGCGAGCGUACUGCGCGUGCGCACUUGCGCGCUCCCAGGUCUGCGGUGCUUCUGGUUCACCCUGAACGUUUUCGGAGGGAGGUCCGUGCCAAGACCAGGUCCUGAAUAAGCCCAGCCACAUCCUUUAUGAGCAUCUCAGGUUUAUUCCGAUUUCCUGCACCACUGACCAGACUAUGCAGAGUGCCUCGGGGACUUGGGCUUUGGGAGAAGCUGACGCUGCUAUCCCCAGGAAUAGCUGCCACGGUUGUCCAGAUGGCAGGCAAGAAGGACUGUCCUGCUCUGCUUCCCCUGGAUGAGAAUGAACUUGAAGAGCAGUUUGUGAAAGGACACGGUCCAGGGGGCCAAGCCACCAACAAAACCAGCAACUGUGUGGUGCUGAAGCAUAUCCCCUCCGGCAUCGUCGUCAAGUGCCAUCAGACAAGAUCUGUUGAUCACAACAGAAAGCUCGCUCGGAAAAUCCUACAAGAGAAAGUGGAUGUUUUCUACAAUGGUGAAAAUAGUCCUGUUUACAAAGAAAAACAGGAGGCAGCAAAGAAAAAGCAAGACAGGAAAAAAAGAGCAAAGGAAACUCUAGAAAAAAAGAAACUAUUGAAACAAUUAUGGGAAUCAAGUAAAAAUUCUACUGAGAAAGUAAUCACUGAUUCCAGCUGACUUCGCCAAAAGGCUUCCAGGGAAAGAUGAUGGCGACUCCUGUCACCAGCACUGGUACAAAGCUUUUAAAGAAAUAACUGACAGAUUUAAAAGACAUCAGUUUUUAAGUGGUGGACUAAACUAUAGUGAAUAUUGAUGCACACUUUGGAAAUAAAAC